AUGGUAUUGGUUUAUCACAUAGAUUAUAGAGUAUCACAGCAUCGACUUUCCUCAGUAUCAUCUCGUCGGCAGUCACGAGAACGAGAUCGGGAACGGGAAAGAGGAAGCUCAAAUAGGAUGGAUGAUCGGUCCCAGCGAAUCAGAACCUUGGGCAGCAAUGAACGGCGAAUAGGUACCUGUGACUCACGUCUUCCCAGACGAUCACGUCAUUCACCUCGUGCAUCUGAAUCUGGUUCUUCUGGGCACCAUUAUCACUUAUCCAGUGCCCACACUGUGUUAUCAACAGUAGUAAAAUUAGGAGCAUCAAAUUUACGACGCAAUGAAUCCAUCGCUUCCAGCGAGCCAUUGACUUCGUGUGGUGCACAUGAUACUUCAUGUGUUCAAGGAUUGGAAGGUAUUUAUGUAUCAAAUUUACCAACUUCACGUACUGAAAGUUCUCUGAAAGAUGGCUUGAUAGAUUUGUUUAAGAAAUUUGGUAAAAUUGUUCACAUUACCUUCGAAAUGGAAUCUGGUCCUAAUUUUACCGAACAACGUCGAGCGCUCAUUAUUUUUCAGAGGCUAACGGAUGUGGAAAAGCUCAAAGACGUUCAUCAUUUGUUCGGCUUGCGACUUAAAAUCAGAUUUGCUAACCAUGUAACUGUUUCAGAAACCUACCACACUUAUUUAAUCACAAGUGGGCAGGAAUGUUCGUCAACUCAGGAUAGUGCAUCGACAUCUAGUUCUUCAUUAGUCGACUCGCUAGCAACACGGGCAUCAAGAACACUAUAUGUUGGUGGUUUAGAACGACGGACAACAGAUGACUCUCUUCGAUCCCGCUUUAGCUAUUUUGGACACAUCCUAGAAACAGAAGUGAAGAACUGGGAAAGUCCGUCGCCGUUUGCCUUUAUCCAGUUUACUGAUAUUCACUCGGUUGUCUGUGCUAUCAAUGCAUAUGCACAGUCAUCUCAUUCAUCAGGAAGCAAAGGAAAAUUGAAGAUCCGAGUUUCGUUCACUGAUACGUUCACCGAAGUUAUUUAUGAUCCGCGGUAUAAAGAAGCGCUUCUUUUAUUUAACAGCAAUGAUAGCGCCCAGAGAGCAUUUACAAUGAUUAAAACGAAACAAAUAGCAUUUUGGAACGCAGAUGAAAAAAAAGAUGUUUAUGUUCCAGUUGAUUACUGUUCCGAAAAGUUACACGAUUAUUUUGUGGAUCGGAAAUUUCGUGGCGAGUCUGGAGGUUCUUCUUCGAAUGGUACUGACUUAGGUUCAUACUCUGGAAGCAUGAUGUCACUCUGUGGAGAGCCUUCAACUCCUUCCGCGUCUACAUCAUUACUUGCACCACCACCGGAUCCGCCUAGUCAUUUGCGUGAUACAGCUUCGAGGUUUUUUUCAUAAGU